AUGUUGAGCCCCAUCCAGGUCCUGUGCUCCGACAUCACUACCCUUUCUCUGGAGCCUGAGCCGUUUGCCUCUUACACUGAAGCUGAUAUCAUCUCUACUGUUGAGUUCAACCACACAGGAGAGCUCCUGGCCACAGGGGACAAAGGAGGCCGUGUGGUCAUUUUUCAGAGGGAACCUGAGAGCAAGACUGAGCCAUUCUCCCAGGGAGAGUACAAUGUCUACAGCACCUUUCAGAGCCAUGAGCCCGAAUUCGACUACCUUAAGAGUCUGGAGAUUGAGGAGAAGAUCAAUAAGAUCAGAUGGCUGCCUCAGCAGAACGCUGCACAUUUCCUCCUCUCCACCAAUGAUAAGACCAUUAAGUUGUGGAAGGUGAGUGAAAGAGAUAAACGGCCAGAGGGAUACAACCUGAAGGAUGAGGAGGGUCGCAUCAAGGACAUCUCCACAGUCACCUCCCUACAGGUGCCAGUGUUGAAGCCCAUGGACCUGAUGGUGGAGGUCAGCCCUCGGCGAGUAUUUGCCAAUGCCCACACCUACCAUGUCAACUCCAUCUCCGUCAACUCUGACUAUGAGACCUACAUGUCAGCUGAUGACCUGAGGAUCAACCUCUGGCAUCUGGACAUCACUGACCGCAGCUUCAACAUUGUGGAUAUCAAACCAGCCAACAUGGAGGAUCUGACAGAGGUGAUCACAGCGGCGGAGUUUCACCCCCACCACUGUAACUUGUUUGUCUAUAGCAGCAGCAAAGGCACCCUGCGCCUCUGUGACAUGAGAGAAGCAGCCCUCUGCGACAAGCACUCCAAAUUAUUCGAGGAGCCAGAGGAUCCCAGCGCUCGAUCCUUCUUCUCUGAGAUCAUCUCCUCUGUGUCUGACGUCAAGUUCAGCCACAGCGGCCGCUACCUGCUCACCAGAGACUACCUGACUGCAAAAGUCUGGGACCUCAACAUGGAGAGCAAGCCCCUGGAGACGUACCAGGUUCAUGAUUACCUCCGCAGCAAGUUGUGUUCCCUUUACGAGAACGACUGCAUCUUUGACAAGUUUGAGUGCGCAUGGAACGGCUCAGACAGUGUGAUUAUGACCGGAGCCUACAACAACUUCUUCCGAAUGUUUGACCGCAACACCAAACGCGACGUGACCCUGGAGGCAUCAAGAGAGAGCAGCAAACCCAGAGCUGUCCUGAAGCCGCGAAGGGUGUGCGCCGCCGGAGGAAAGCGCCGGAAGGAUGAUAUCAGUGUGGACAGCCUGGACUUCACCAAGAAGAUCCUCCAUACAGCCUGGCACCCGACUGAGAACAUCAUCGCCAUCGCUGCCACCAACAACCUGUACAUCUUCCAGGACAAACUCAACUCUGAGAUGCAUUAAUGAAUGGAUGUCAGCGGUGGAUACAAAUGAGUUUACACCCGAAC